UGGCUCUUUGAGAGACCCAGGUUUGAGGGGGAGCGGGCUUCCACUGUUAACACACAGAGACAGACUCAUGGACAGAGGUUACAACACAGAUGAGAGAAGCUGCAAAGAAGGAAGGAAAAAAGAGGGGAAGUAAGAAAAGAAAGAGGCAUUAUGAGAUAGAAAUAUUACAAGGACAAAGAGAGAAGUAAUAUCCCGGAGUGCCUUGGUGGACCCAUACAAACAGACAUGAAUAAUCGCUCCAUCGCCUGGUGGCUGGGACAGAUCGGCCUGCCCCAGUACACCAAGACACUAGAGAGGGAAUAUUAUGGUCUGGAGGGUUUGCUAUGUGUAACAGAUGGAGAGCUGAAGGAUUCAGGGAUAGAGGAUGCAACACACAGAGAAACCAUCCUCAAUCAACUUUCAAGACACAGACAGAGACUGGACCCACACUCUGUGUCAUAUUUAACAGAGAGACCUAAAAGUGGUGUGCAAAUGGAGCGCAGGGUGAGCCGAAAGUACUCCCUGGGAUCGUCAAUGGAUCUGGUGAAGCCGAGGAAGGAUCUGUUUCGUCAGAGUGUCCUGCCCCGCCUCCAGCGCGCUGAUAAAAAAAAACGCCUCUCCGCUUCCUGCUCGCAGCUCCGCCCCCUGAACGAGGACAACACUAUCAGUGAGGCGGAGCGCAGUCAGGACAGCAAAUGCAGCAAGAGGAGGAGUGUCAGCGCAUACUUCAGCCAGCUGAAGGUGUUUGGCGGUCGGAGAGACAUGGAUUUAAUAAAAAAGGAGCUGGAGGAGGAGCUGAAGCUGAGUACUGACGACCCGACGAGCCAUGCAUGGUACCACGGGCCACUGAGCAGAGAGGCUGCAGAGUCUCUGUUUGAGAAGGAUGGAGACUUUCUGGUCCGAGACUCAAGCUCUGCCCCUGGCGACUACGUCUUGAGCUGCUUUUGGAAGGAUGUGCCCAUGCAUUUUAAAAUCAUACAAGUUAUCCUUCGACCCAAAAAGGGCUACUCAAAGAAGCUGUUCCAGUUUGAGGAGGAUCGCUUUGACAAUGUUCCCGCUCUGAUCCGAUUCUAUGUGGGCGGGCGUCGGCCCAUCUCCCAGGUCUCAGGUGCUGUGAUCUUUCAUCCAAUCACACGGACCCUUCCUCUGCGUGUCAUCAGCGAGCAUCAGGCAGAGCCCACAGGCGGCAGCAGCAACAGCAGUGGUAGUAGUCGAGGUGCAGGGAGAGAAAAACACACUGAAGCCAACAAAAGGCGCAGCUACAGCUGUGCACACACCGACACACUGCAGGUCAUCAAUCCCCUGCUAAGGAGUGGAAGUCAACCUGCUAACUUGGAGAACGUUGGACGCAAGCCUUCACUUCAGUCUGCACAGUCGGACAGCAACCUACGACCUGGUGUUCCACAAAACUCUCAGUUGGGGGACACUGGCCCCGCCCCCAUCUCCCCAGUGUUUCGCACAGGCAGUGAACCCCUGCUGAGCCCCCAACCACGACACACACGGCCCUCCAAUCCAGGUGGUGGUGUAACUUUGAGAGGUUCAGAUGGACAGCUGCACCCGAGAGCUCCUCCUAAACCUCUCAGAGUCUCUGCAUUUUUUGGCAAUGCCAUCCCCCCCCCACCCACAGACCAGGAUGCUGACCCCUCCUCUUUCUACGAUGAGCUGGUCAUCCGGGUGCCACAGUCCCAACGGAAAGGUCAUGUGGACCGACUGCGUGCAGAGGAGAAGUGGCAGAGCCGCGCACGCCUCACGGAGACUUCCUUUGGCUUUCUGGAAUCACAGGAGAAGAGUGAAGCAUUAUCACAGCUGCUUCUACUGAAGCAGGAGAGGACGCCAGUGGAAGUGGAAGACUGGCAUUUUGAAAAGCCACAUGUGGAGUCUGUUUCGUGUUUCCAGUUGGCUCGGUUUGAGUCGCUGCUCCUGCCGAAGAACAACCGACCUCUAGAGCCCAGUGUCCUGCUGGCACUCAAAGAGCUCUUCAACCGCUCAGACGCCAACACCACCGCUCUGCACAUGCUCAGUGUUGACUGCCAGGUAGCACGCAUCGUUGGUGUGACUGAGGAGCAGAAGACGAUUAUGGGAGUUGGCUCGGGGCUGGAGCUUGUCACUUUGCCUCACGGACGCCAGUUACGACAGGAUUUGUUAGAAAGGCAUCAUCUAAUAGCACUGGGAGUCGCAGUGGACAUUCUGGGCUGCACAGGGACUGUGAGCCAGAGGGCAACUGUUUUACAUAAAUUAAUUUUAUUGGCUCAGGCCCUUAAAGAACACGCCCACAACCUCUACUCCUUCUCAGCCGUGAUGAAGGCCCUGGAGAUGCCUCAGAUAAUGCGACUGGAGAUGACGUGGCGAGCGCUGAGGAGGAACAACACAGAGACUGCGGUAUUAUUUGAGAAGAAUCUCAAACCCUUCAUGAAAUUGCUAAACGAGGGAGACGACUCUGUGGUCCAAGGUCCCAUAGCUGUGCCCCACCUGGUUCCUCUGCUGAUGGUGAUGGAGGGUGACGACCCGGUGGAGAACAGUGAGCGAGGCUGUCAGCUCCUCUACAAUGUCCUCCAGUCAGCUCGCAGUGCCGCGCUGCACGCACAGGAUUAUCAGCAACACGCACACACUCUGCUCACAGGAAACUUGGAGCCAGUCCCUGAGCUGCUGGAGGCUUUCCGGACUGAGUUUGCCCUGCGGCUGUUCUGGGGUCAGUCGGGGGCAGUGGCUGAGAGAAAGGAGCGCCAUGAGAAGUUUGACAAGAUUCUUUGUGUCCUCUCAGAUAAACUGGAACCCGCGGAGAUCACCCCACAACAACCUCACCCUCGAACCUGAGCCUCAGGGUCUGUUUUACUGAGUGAGAGGUGAAAUCAGCAGCUUUCUUCACAAGAAGUGA